AUGGCAAAGGAUAAGGUCUGUCUCGCCUACAGUGGUGGUUUGGAUACCAGCUGUAUCUUAGCUUGGUUGAUUGAGAAGGGAUAUGAUGUCGUCUGCUUCAUGGCCGAUGUUGGUCAAGAGGAGGACUUUGAAGCUGCCAAGGCCAAGGCUUUGAAGAUUGGAGCUGUUGCAUGCUACGUUGAGGAUUUAAAGAGAGAAUUCGUCGAUGAGCUUUGCUUCCCUGCCGUUCAAUGUAACGCCAUCUACGAGAACGUAUACUUGUUGGGUACAUCUCUUGCUCGUCCAGUUAUUGCUCGCGCACAAAUCGACGUCGCCCAAAAGGAAGGAUGUAUUGCCGUAUCUCACGGUUGUACUGGAAAGGGUAACGACCAAGUUCGAUUCGAGCUCGCAUUCUAUGCUCUCCAACCAACCAUCAAAGUCAUUGCCCCAUGGCGUCUUCCAGAAUUCUACGAACGUUUCGCUGGCCGAAACGAUCUCCUCGAGUACGCUGCUAAGGCAGGCAUUCCAGUUAGCAGCACAAAGGCCAAGCCAUGGAGUAUGGAUGAGAACUUGGCACACUGCAGUUACGAAGCUGGUAUCUUGGAGGACCCAGAUGUCACGCCACCAGAAGAUAUGUGGAAGUUGACUGUUGAUCCAUUGAAGGCUCCUGAUCAACCAGAAGACUUCACUCUCGUUUUCGAAAAGGGUCUCCCCAAGAAGCUCAUCACAAAUGGUAAGACCAUCACUGACUCUGUUGAACUCUUUCUCGAAGCCAAUGCUAUCGCUCGUCGUCAUGGUGUUGGACGUAUCGAUAUUGUCGAGAACCGUUUCAUCGGUCUCAAAUCCAGAGGAUGUUACGAAACUCCUGGUCUCACCUGUCUCCGCGCUGCCCACGUUGAUCUCGAAGGUCUCGUCAUGGACCGUGAAGUCCGUGCUCUCCGUGAUCAAUUCGUUACCUACAAUUACUCGAAGAUCCUCUAUAAUGGUCUUUACUUCUCCCCUGAACGUGAGUUCAUCGAGGAAUCUAUUGUUGCUUCCCAGAAGAAUGUCAAUGGACAAGUCAGAUGUCGUGUGUAUAAGGGUACCUUCAGUGUAUUAGGUCGUUCCUCAGAGACCGAGAAGUUGUACGAUGCAAGUGAGAGUUCUAUGGAUGAAAUUGGUUCAUUUGCUCCUGCGGAUACUACCGGCUUCAUUAGUGUUCAAUCUAUCAGAUUGAAGAAGUAUGGUGAGGCCAAGGCUGCUGCUGGUGAGAGACUAUAG